CGUCGCCAGUCCGUCUUCAACCUGUCCCAACUUUCCGCCCGCUGCCUCCCUUGCCCACCAUCGAUCACCAACAACUUCAUAGCAGACAUAGGACUAAUUACACGAUCUUUAAAGUACACACAACGUAGCGCGCCAUACACCUGCGCAGCCCGCCAUGUACCACCUCGCAAAGGGCCUCUAUCUCUACGCCACAAGCAAAGAAGAAUACUCUGUUAUCCUCCUAGGCCUCGACAAUGCCGGCAAGACAACCUUCCACGAGCAAAUAAAGUCCCUCUUCCUCCCCAACGCCCCCGAACCGAAGCUCAAGACUGUCCCUACCGUCGGCCAGAAUGUCUCGACGCUGCCUCUCCCCGACAUGUACCUCAAGGUCUGGGAUGUUGGUGGCCAGCUUACCCUCCGCAAUCUCUGGCAGUCAUAUUACGCCAGCUGCCACGCUAUAGUCUUCAUCAUCGACAGCACCGACGUCGGCGACGGCUCCCUUGAACACGAUAACAGCGGCCGCUUGGAAGAGUGUCGCCUAGUGCUGGAGGAUGUACUGCAGCACUCUGAAGCCGAAGGUGUGCCGCUGUUAAUAUUGGCCAAUAAGCAGGAUCGAGAGGACUGCGUAGAGACGAUCCGCAUCAAGGAGGGGCUUGUCAAGAAGGUCAUGGAGGGCGACAAGGCCGCCAGCAUUCGCGACUCAAGAGUCUUGGCCAUGAGCGCGCUGACGGGCGAGGGUGUCAGAGAAGCGGUAGACUGGUUGAGAACACGAGUCCAGUGGAACAAAGAGUCACGGCCUCCAGUGAUGCGGUGAGCGUGGUUGCAGAGAGCCCACA